AUGUCCGAAACACGUCCUAGUGCGGUCUUCUUCAUCCGCGAGCUCCUCGAGCCUAUCCUGCUACAAACGGACUUUCGCACUAUAAUUCUCGCACAACGUGUCUGCCGCUUCUGGAACUCCCUUGUGCAAAGUUCAGACGACCUGCAAGUCGCAAUAUGGCUUAAGCCGUAUCCCGAGAACCGCCUCGGCGGCGGGAUGUCACAGCCAAGGCUGAACCCCCUCAUUUGCGACUCUAUCUGGGGGUUUGUGCCUCGAGGGUGCCCGUGCGAGCUGGCACCACCUUCACAAGCCGCAAAGCGAGACGAAGCAAGCUGGAGACGUAUGCUGAUCACGCAACCGCCUUGGAAAGACAUUGCUAUCACCGAAUUGAAUCGCGACAGGGGAAUUGUUGGCUCUGAGGGUCCAGGUCCAUUCUAUACACUGAUCAGACUCGAUAGGCACAAUGACCCAUUUCGCCUCGGCCAGCUUUGCGAAGAUCUGAAAAACGAAUCUCCACGCACGAAAAUUAUGUGGCAUUCGAUAUUAAUUCGGGCGCCGCCGCCUGUUGGCUAUGAGUUAGGCCCAUGCUAUCUUUCAGGCUCUGUGUUCGCAGAUAUUAUCAUAGUAUGCAAUAAUCUCUCAUACUCAGCUCAAGAUAUGGGCGGCGAACAGGAGAAGGAGAAAGAGAAGCCCAAAAUACUGAAUAUCGAGCGCUGGCUUCAGUCUGCUGGAAAGUGA